AUGUGUGAAUAUGAAGAAGGUGAAGAGUUGCGUUAUCUGCCUUGUUUGCAUACAUAUCAUCGUAUUUGUAUUGAUGAUUGGUUAAUGCGUGCAUUAACAUGUCCUUCAUGUUUAGAAGAGAUACGUCCUAAUUCACCAAUCAAAAUUCAUUCUACCACUACUGCUACUACUAUUAACAAUAAUACUAAUAAUAGUAAUAAUAAUAAUAAUAAUACUGAAUCCGUAGAGAAUACUACUGUUACACAAUCAACUGAACAUUCAUGUCAACAAUCACAACCACAACAACAACCACAUGACAGUCAACCAACCAAUGAAUUCCAUCGACGAACUCAUAUAAUAGAACGACGUUCUAGAAAUAUGCAAUCGUCAACUGUAUGCAGAGGAGAUACAGAUACAAUACAACAAUUUAUUUCGGAACGAUUAAAACCUUCCACAAAUAAUAACAACAAUAGUAGUAAUAAUAAUAAUAAUGGUACUCAUACUAGUAGACGUCGUUAUCAUCCUCAACAACAACAUCCACCAUCAAAUCGACGUACACGUUCGAGCGGUCCCAGUAGACGACCCUGUUCUAUGAAUGCAUUCAAUACAAUUUUACCGUAUAAUUAUCGUCGUGGUCAUAGUGUCACAGCGAUUGAUACACUUCAGUCAAAUUGUACAACAACUAACAAUCAAUGAGGAUAGUGAAAAAAGCAGUAAAAUGAAAAUAUCUUAUCGAAAAAAAAUAUAUAUAUGCAUAUAUUUACACAUAUAUGAUUCUCAUAUAUUCAAGACCAAAUGAACAGAUCAGUAAUUUGAUGUGAAUCCCAUUCAUGAAUCAUUGAAUAAAUGAAGUUAGUUUUAAUUACUAGCUGUGUUAAUCAAUGAUUUCAAUCGAACACAGUCAAACUAGUCUUGCAUAUUAUUGAAAUUUGUACAGAUUUUGAAAGACAAAUCAAUGAACAAUGAUCCAUAUUGUGAGAGAAUGCCCUAGUGUCUUGUUUCUUGUUUUUUUUCCCGCUUAUUCCUUACCCACAACUGCCAAUCCAUCGACAUCAUCGUUAUCCUCACCGCCGAUCACACCGCCACCGUGUCAACAACCACAAGAACGGUGUUAGCAGCAAUGACCUAAUUAUUUUUAAAUGAUUUUCAAUUGGCUAUUAUUUUUCAAUGCUUACUACUACCAUUUUAUUAGUCACAGUUAUUAUUUGUAAAAAAAAUUCCACACCAUUGAACGAACACAUGUUUAUUCCUUUGCUGCAAUCGGAUUAGAAUGUGUGUUUAUGCUCUGUUCUAUUGUGCUCUUAUACACACACGCACCCACACACACUUACUACCGGUGUUAUAGGUUUGAGUAAUUUUGUUAUCUGUCGUGUAUUAUUAUUCCAUCCUCCCAACUGACCUUCCUUUGUUGUUCACACUUAUCCAUCCAAAAAAAACAACUAGUUGUCUUCUAGUCAAUUAAAACAACGUUUAUAUUUAUUGAUUGUACAAUGAAUGAUAAACUAACUGGCUUAUAACACUUCUUGUUUUGCAAAAAAACAAUUGUAGUUUUUGAAUAGUCGACAUUGAACUUGUAUUUUGUUUAAAGUUCUCUCUUUCUUCCUGUCUCCCUCUCUCUCUCUCUCUCUGAGCUUAUUGAUCAUCAUUCAUUAUUCAACGCGCUGUUUUCACAAAAACUAUUUCAUCACUUCCCGUUCUCUCUGUACGGUUGAGAAGACUGAGGCAGGCGCGCAAAAUGGUAUUAUGCAAAUUUACACUCUUAGUCAAUUAAAAAAGGAAAACAUGACAUUGAAUACUCUAUUUGCACACCAUCUUUGAGCCGUGACUUCCAACGCUCCAUUCUUCUUCCAUUCCUGUUGUUGCCUUCUUUCCCUUCCUGUUUGUACUUCAUUUACUUCUUGCUUUUGCUCCAUUUGCUUUCCGUUUUGCUCUUCUGACCGUGAGACUUUUUCUUUCACGUCCCCCUUCUUAUACUACUUAUAUCGUUCGUAUAAGUAGCACACACCACACGGUGACACACAUGCACUCACAAGGUGUUGUGUAUGUAAAUUACCAAUGAUCUUAUGUAUAUAUAUAUAUAUAAUAUAUGCUGCGUAUGAUUGAUACAUUCAAUUCAAUGUUCACGACGGCGUAUAGAAAUUGACAAUUGAACACAUUGGUUUUUUUUUGUAUUAUAAUAACAAAUUUUUCUUGUUCUUGUUUUUAUAGCUUAUUUUUGUGUGUACAAAUUGACAAUUUCUUUUUACACACACACUCACUGGCCAAAAUCCAAUUUGCCUUUCAUGAUGAUUUGAUUAUUUUAUUUUAUGUUUUUAUCGUUGCACAAAAUGCCUCUUUAACAUUUUUU